UUGACCUUCAAGAAGUUGACUGAGAACUUCAAAUUUUCCGCGUCGUCUUCAAUCAUCCAUGCACGAUGGAGAAAACUCAGCUUCGCAGAAAGAUCCCAUCUCCAACAGCAAAAUCCAGUAGAGUUUUUCCUCUACCGAGCGCCGAAGAAGGACGAAAAUGGCCGAUUUCCUAUGGACAUUUGCAGUGCAGGAGAUCAUCAAGAAGACAUUGCAGCUCGCCGCCGAGCAACUUAGUCUGGCGUGGGGUUUCAAGCCCGAGCUCUCCAAGUUCCGCAGCUCUCUGCUCCUCGCCGAAGCCAUUCUUCGCGAUGUCGAUCGAACGAAAUCCGAUCGAGAAUCGGUCAAGAUUUGGGUUGCUAGGCUUCAGGAUUUAGCCCUCGAAGCCGAAAUUGUACUCGACGAGCUCUCCUACGAGAAUCUCAGACGCCAAUUGGACGUCAUUGGACAUUCCAAGAAUAGGGUACGCGAUUUCUUUUCAAUCUCCAACCCUGUGAUUUUUCGUUUGAAAAUGGCCCGCAAAAUUAGAACUAUCACCCAAAUUUUGAAUGAAAUUAAAGCGGAUGCGAGUGCUGUGGGGAUUGUCAAGUUUGGGGGUGGAAAAUGGGGGGAUCCUCUUGAUAAUGGCCAAAUUCCAGAGACAGACUCGUUUCUUGAUGAGUUUGAAGUUAUAGGGAGAGGGGGGGAUAUAGCAAAAAUAGUGAACAUUUUAGUUGACGGUACCAAUCACGAGACGAUCUCUGUAAUUCCUAUUCUGGGCAUGGGUGGUCUAGGAAAGACAACUGUGGCAAAGGCAGUCUUCAACCAUGAGCUUGUGAAGGCACAGUUUGAUGAAACUAUAUGGGUGUCUGUGACUGCAACUUUUGAUGACAAGAAGAUUUUAAGAGCAAUUUUGGAAUCUCUGACAAAUUUUCCAAGUGGGUUGGAUAGUAUGGAUGCUAUACUUAGAAGGCUACAAAAAGAGUUGGAAGGGAAAAAGUAUUUUCUUGUGCUGGAUGAUGUGUGGAAUGAAGAUGUUAAGCUAUGGAAUAAUUUGAAGAGUCAUUUGCUGAAAAUUACUAAUAGUGUUGGGAACAAAGUUCUUAUGACGACUAGGAGCGAGGAAGCUGGAAAAAUCAUGAAGACAUUUCCCAUAUAUCAUUUAGAGAAGUUAUCGGAUGAUGAAUGCUGGUCAAUAUUCAAGGAAAGAGCAUCUGCGAAUGGACUACCAUUGACUCCAGAAUUGGAAAUUAUUAAGAAUGUGCUUGCAGAGCAGUUUGGAGGCAUUCCAUUAGUUGCAAACGUCUUGGGAGGGGCUGUACAAUUUAAGACAAGAAGAGAGACUUGGUUGAUGUCAACAUUGGAAACUCUUAUUAUGAAUCCUCUGCAAACUGAAAAUGACGUUCUCUCUAUUUUGAGGUUAAGUGUGGAUCAUCUGCCAAACGCGUCGUUGAAACAAUGCUUUGCCUAUUUUUCAAAUUUUCCGAGGGGAUUUAACUUUGAAAAGGAACAGUUAAUCCAAUUUUGGAUGGCAGAAGGGUUCAUUCAACCAUCUGAUCAAGUACGCACUGAAACCAUGGAAGAUAUAGGAGAAAAGUACUUCAACAUCUUGCUUGCUCGUUCCUUAUUUCAAGAUAUUGUUAAAGAUGAGAAUGGUAAAAUUACGCACUGUAAGAUGCAUCAUCUUCUACAUGAUCUUGCAUGUUCUGUUUCAAAAUGUGAAGCAUUGAGUUCGGAUCAUAUUGGUUUAGUUGAUGAUGUUCCUCAAAUUCGUCAAUUAUCCUUGAUUGGCUGUGAGCAAAGCGUAAAUUUGCCUCCUAGAAAGAGCAUGCAGAAGCUGCGUUCUUUAUUUUUGGAUAGAGAUGUUUUUCGCCACAAGAUCAUAAAUUUCAAACGCUUGCAAAUUCUGGAUAUGUCCCGAUGUGAAAUUCAUAACCUGCCAAAUUCAAUCGGAAGAUUAAAGCAUCUAAGGUAUCUAGAUGUUUCAAAUAAUAUGACAAAGGAGCUUCCAAAUUCUAUUGUUAAGCUUUACAAAUUACAGACACUGAGACUUGGUUUUUUUCAUGGAGAAGCCCCCAAGAAAUUCAGAAAACUGAUUAGCUUGAGACAUUUCUAUGUGGAUGUUAAAAGACCAACAAUUAGGCACAUGCCUUCCUAUUUAGGCAGGUUGGUUGAUCUUCAAUCCUUGCCUUUUUUUGUUGUGGGCACAGAGAGCGGUUCUCAUAUAGAAGAGCUUGGAUACUUGAGAAAUCUCAGAGGUAAGUUAAAGCUUUACAAUCUUGAAUUAGUAAGAAAUAAGGAGGAGGCCAUGAAGGCAGAGUUGGGGAAAAGGGAAAAGGUGUACAAAUUGAAACUAGUGUGGAGUGAUGAAAGAGAAGUUAAUGAUAACCAUGACAUUGCUGUUUUAGAAGGACUUCAACCACACAGGAACCUCCAAUACUUGACAGUAGAAAGCUUUAUGGGAGAACGUUUUCCAGAUCUUACUUUUGUUGAAAACUUGGUGAGGGUUUCUCUGAGAAAUUGUAGCAGAUGUAGAAGAAUCCCAAUGUUCGGACAUUUGCCCAAUCUCAAGGUUCUCGAGAUUUCUGGAUUACACAACCUGAAAAGUAUAGGGACUGAAUUCUAUGGGAAUGAAUAUAUAGAGAAAAGUUUGUUUCCAAAACUCAAAAUAUUUCAUCUUUUUGACAUGGAGAAUCUUGGACGUUGGGAUGAAGCAGCAGUUCCACCAGAAGUUGUGGUUUUUCCUUGCCUUGAAGAGUUGCAAAUUCUCAGCUGUCCCAGAUUAGAAACUGCUCCUGAUUACUUCUCGACUCUUCGGACACUAGAAAUUGAUGAUGUCAACAACCCAAUUUCGCAGAUUACUCUUCAGACUUUUAAGCUACUUGGCAUCGUACACUCUUGCAACCUGAGUGGUCUGCCUGAGGAGCUACGUGGUAACCUGUCAUCUCUUGAGGAGUUUAAGGUUUGGUAUUACCUUCACUUGAAAUCUUUUCCAACCAUUGAGUGGCUCACUGAUCUUCUAAAUUGCAAGAUCGGAUAUGACACAAAAUGGACAAAUAUUCAAUCCCAUAAGUUAGAAUCUUACACUUCUGUAAAUGAAUUGUCUAUUUCUGGCUGCCCUGAUCUGACCUCAACCCCAGAUUUACAAGCAUUAUGUAAUCUUUCAUCUUUAACGAUUGCUGGGCUGAAGAAAUUGCCAAAGGGAAUGCACUGCCUCACUUGCCUGAAAAGUUUGUCAAUUGGUGGGUUCAUGGAAGGGUAUGAUUUUGGGCCUCUUUUACAUCUUGAGUCUCUUGAAGAUCUAGCACUGAUAGACUUUGGAAGUACACAAAGCACACUUCCAGACCAACUUCAGCACCUCACUGGCUUAAAACACUUGAAAAUUGUGGGAUUUCAUGGCAUUGAAUCUCUGCCAGAGUGGUUGGGAAAUCUUACCACAUUGGAAAUUUUGCACCUUGAGAGUUGCAGAAACUUGAGAGAGUUUCCAGAAGCCAUGAGUUGCCUCACCAAAUUGGAGGAACUGCGCAGUUUCAAUUGCCAAGAGCUGAGGCUUCGCCAAGAAGACCCGGAAUGGGCCAAGAUUAAACACAUACCGAGAUUCAUAGCUUUCAAUUAUUGGGUUGAUGAGAACCAACAGAGGAUUCAAUUCAAAGUAUGCCACAAUGCUAGCUAGUGACCAAUGUCCUAAAUGAAGCAUUGAGUACAGUAAAUUUCCUAUUGAUUAAUUGAAGCAAUGAAGUACUCACUUCUCAGAUGAACUGUGUUGCUGUGAGUUCUUUGGUCAAUUCGUGUAUGGAUUUUAUGUGUGAACAAGUGGCUACAUGGACUCAUCUUAAAAGAAUGAAGCAGCUAUAAAGCAGCUAUAUGUGAACAGGUAUUAUUUCCGCUUUCAUUAAAAUAUAGAAAUGUUAAUACUGUACAUUCCUUUUUUGAUCUUAUUACUAUUGUUUUGGAGUAAAUGUUUGUAUAUCCUAAAGUCAUAUUUAAGUCUCUAACAUAUCAUGGUCAACAAA